UGGAGCUAUAGUUUUAAUGAAAGCAGCUUUCGGUUUCAUUACUGUAGAAAUGAACAGUGUAGGGUCUUCUUCUUCUUGGCUUUUGACAUGGAUGAAACCAAACUCAUGGAGGCCCACCACCGAAAAGAGGGUCAGAGAUCUCCGAGAACAAAUCAAGAGACUCUCUGGGUCUUCUGUACUAGAUGCUCUUGCAGUGUUAUGUGCUACUUUGUUUCUCAGAUGCAGGCAUUGAUGAUGCUCAACUCCUAACUUUGACCAGGGAGGACCUGAAUGAGAUUUUUCCAGGUAUUAAGAACUUUCAGCUGAGAAGGAAGAUUAUGGAGCUUAUCACAGACAUGAAGGAUUCACAUCAGCCAGGUCCAGAUACAUUUGCCAGUGCGCUGAAUUAUUUAAUUCAAAGAAGUAACAGCAAUGAUGCUGCUGUACAGGUUGUAUUGAGGGAGAGCCUUCGAGCUUUCAAAGAUAUAGAGGAGCAGCUCAAAGUAGCACAGACCUCUCUGAAACCUUACAUUGAUGUAUUAAACAGUCUAAUGGAGGCAUCUAUUAAAAAAGAAGACUGGAGUGUAGAAGCAGCUUCAAGUGGCAGACCAUUUCCAUUUGAACCUUCAGUGAGAGUACAUCCAAUUGUGUGCAGACAAACCUUUGGAGCUGACAAGCAAAUUCUUGAGCAGCUGAAGGGAAUUACAGAAAGCUCAAUAAGUGACUGCGAGUUGAUACUGGUCUUUUGUCCAGUGGUAUCGCGAGUUGGAACUGACAUUAAAGAAGCACUGAUGAAAAUCCCAGCUAAUAAAAAAGCAAUUCUGGUGGUGAUGCAUCAUACCUUUAAUCCUGAAUUUGUGGGACCCAGCUCAAAUGCAGCAUCAUCUUCAGCGAACAUCGUGAAACAUGUGCAAGUGUUUUUCCAUGACACAGCUAAGGGUCUUUUAAAGUGUCCCGCAAAUGACCAUGCAGUCAAUCAAAUUCAGUCUGUUUUGCACCAGUACAUGGGUACUAGUAUGUCAUGAAAUGCUUUACCCUGCAAUUGGUAAAAUUGUGAAUCACAAAUAUAUAUGUUUUUUUAUCAUGUUGUAUCUGCAAAGGACUGUUUCCUUUGCUGUUAUGUGGCCAUAAGACUGUAAAAAAACUGGACAUUCUGUAAACAGCACGCCUGCUAAUAAAUAUAUUGGACUGGU